AAUAUUAUUGUCCUAUUUUUAGCGGGAAACUGUUUUAAUUUGUUAUCAUGAGAAAGUUCAAUCGGUGCAUUGGUAACACAAAUUAUUAUUUAAAUUACAUUGGUGUCAGGUGUUAUUUUAUUAAAUUUGUUCAACGUAUACCUACAUCAUUUUAGAAUGAACGAUAGAUAUACUUAUGAAUAUUCAAGGCUUAGAAGGCUUACCAGUCAUUAUGAUAUACGAUCACAUUCUUCUGAGUACGGUUUAACAGAAGAUCAAGUUGCAGAAAUAAAAGAAGCAUUCCUAUUAUUUGAUAAAGAUGAAGAUGGCCGGAUCACAGUGGCAGAAUUGGGAGUGGUGAUGAGAUCUUUGGGGCAAAAACCAAAAGAACAUGAACUACAAGGUAUGGUUAAUGAGGUAGAUCAAGAUGGUAACGGAACGAUUGAGUUCAAAGAAUUUUUGGAAAUGAUGUCAAAGAAACUCAAAAGCACAGAUAAAGAUCACGAGUUGCACGAAGCUUUUAGGGUUUUCGAUAAAAAUGGAGAUGGUUUCAUAACUGCGGAUGAGUUGAAAAAUGUAAUGUGUAAUUUAGGAGAAAAAUUAUCCGAUGAGGAAAUAGACGAUAUGAUAAAAGAAGCGGAUUUAAAUGGUGAUGGAAAAGUUGAUUUUACAGAAUUUAUUGCAAUCAUAAAACCAUGCAAAUGAUAGAAACAUAAUAUUGCAAACGAGCAUUCAGUUCAUAUCAUUAUUUCCUAUUGCUGGAAAGUAUACCUAUGGUACAAGUAUAUGUUCACUUGAGAUGUGGAUGCGGAACAGCGUCAAUACGCCGUGGUAAUCUGACCUUUCUUCAAGACGACAAUAUGUAUUAUUAAGAACUCAGGAUUUCAAGUUUGAAUUAUUUUCAGUAUUUUUUUUUUUUCAAACAUUAAUUUGUAUUAUACCUACAUUUAUACACUCAAGAAAAAGAAAAAUCCAGCCAUUCAUUCAAGUACCCUUUACCUACCCUAUAUUUUAAUCAACAAAAAUGUACAAAGAAUUUAAUUACAAUCACUUUUAAUAGGUAUUUUAUAUACAGGUCAUCUCAUAAAAUUUUAUACGUAUAAACAGUGAUCUCACGCGCCGUCUGUAACUCUAUUGCUCAGCAUUCAUUUCAGAGCGCGCAUCACCCUGCAAGCCUGUUAUUUCGCUAAAUGAUAGACCUGUCCAGCAAUCUCACAUCCCUGAUCCCUGCUCAAACUUUGCCAGUAUACUCUCCGUAUGGCACCUCAUAAAAAAGUCAAGUCCUAAAAAGGUUACGAGUUUGCCAAAACGUUAUGCGUUUGCUGGUAUUUAAAGAAAAAGGUUACGAGAUUGCUCCCCAGAAUAUUUAUAAAAAUAAAAAAAUGUACAAAUCAAAAAACAAAUCAACACCAGCACAAAACAAUGGUAAAUUAAGAACAUAAUGACUUGAUUUCGCUGUGAGAAGAAAACGUUUUUUGGACUUGAUUUUUAUAUGUUUGAAAAUUUUGCGUUUAUAAACUUUUUCAUCUUAUAUUCGUAAAUUUAAAUUUACCUACCUAUUUACUUUUAUGCUAUUUUAAAUGGAUUUGUUUAAAUUAACGUUUAUUUAAGUAAUUAGGUCCUUAGAUUUCUUAGAUAUUGCACUAUGUUAGUUUUUCUAUACCAUUAGAUAGGUAUCUUAUAGGAGUUAUAAUUUGAUUGAAGUAGGCCAUAGAUGGAUUUAAUUUUAAUAGGUACCUAGUUACAAGUUCUAUGAAAUGAAAAAUUUUCUACGAAAUAAUGAUACCUACAAGUACCUAUUUGUAUGGGUUCUUAUUAAGAUAUUGAAAGCGUUUUAGUAAGAAGGGUUGAAGGCACAAAAUUUGUAUUAAAGCGAAUAUUUUCAAGAAGUUUUCAAAAAGAUUAUUCUAGGACAUAUUAUACCUACUUACCUAUCUCUUUUGAAUAACACUAAUUCUUUGAAUUCAAUUUUCAAAUAAAAUUUCAUAGUGAUAAAAAACGGUCAAUGACCAAACUUGAAACUUGAAUAGGUACCUAAUUUAAAAAAUUGUUGAAAGUGUUGAAACAUUAGGAAGUUGCCCUGAUGUAGAUUUAGAAAUGCAAAAAUAUAUGAUCUCAAAACUGGAUUAGGAGUCAUUUCUAAAAACAUACUUUCACGCCAUUUGAAAGAAUAAAAAUAGCUUAGGCUAUAGCAAUUUUUGAUUUUGAAAAAAUGAAUAUCCAUUAUGAGAACUUGUAUCUGUUUUGGGAUACUUUCAAGUUUCAAUUCAUUUUUAUAAUCCACUAAAACUGGUAUUACAGAUUCUACAAAAUUAUUUUUAUUUUAUUUUUUUUAGGUAGGUAUAGGUAAUUUUAGUACAAAAGUGUGACUGUGAUAUGUAUUAUACAAUAGGUGCCUAAUCAUAAUUAAGCCCAAUUAUAAUUAUUGUAUUAUUGGUUUAAAUUUAUUUACUUAUCUUAUCUAUAUGAUUUUAUUCGCAAUGUAAUAACUACUUAAGUAGGUACUUACAUUAUCAUUGUAGUGAUCAAUCACUCUGAAGUAAAUGAACAUCUGUAUCUCUUUCUUGCAUUGUUUAUUUUACACAAAAUUGCCUAACUUGAAACAUUCAGUUCUGCUUUUGUAAACAUAUUGAAAAUUGAAAUAUAUGUAGGUCAUUAUU